AUGGCUAACCCGCCUCCUAUCGUCCUCGACGGCGGCACGGGCUUUCUCAAAGUAGGCUACGCGGGCCAAAACUUCCCGGAAUUCCAAUACCCAUCGAUCGUUGGCCGCCCGAUCCUGCGCACGGAAGAAAAAGGCAGCGAUGACCUCGUCAUCAAGGACAUCAUGUGCGGCGACGAGGCGGCGGCGGCGCGCUCGCUGCUGCAGAUUAGCUACCCGAUGGAGAACGGCAUCGUCAAAAAGUGGGAUGAUAUGCAGCACUUGUGGGAUUACACCUUCUUCGAGAAGUUGAAGGUCGAUCCCCGGGGUAGGAAGAUACUACUCACCGAGCCGCCGCUCAAUCCGUUGAAGAAUCGGGAGCAGAUGUGCGAGGUGAUGUUUGAGCGGUAUGGGUUUGGUGGCGUGUACGUGGCGAUUCAGGCGGUACUGGCAUUGUAUGCGCAGGGUCUCAGCUCCGGUGUAGUCGUGGACUCGGGCGACGGCGUAACCCACAUCGUGCCCGUCUACGAAUCUGUCGUGCUCAACCACCUCACCCGGCGCUUGGACGUCGCUGGUCGCGACGUAACCCGCAACCUGAUUGCGCUGCUCCUGCGCCGCGGCUACGCGCUCAACCGCACGGCUGACUUUGAAACAGUCCGCCAGAUCAAAGAAAAGCUGUGCUACGUCUCCUACGACCUCGAACUCGACAAGCGCCUGAGCGAGGAAACUACCGUGCUAGUUGAGAGCUACACCCUCCCCGACGGACGCGUGAUCCGCGUCGGAUCGGAGCGCUUCGAAGCUCCGGAGUGUCUGUUCCAGCCGCAUUUGGUUGACUGCGACCAACCGGGAAUUGCGGAGCUGCUGUUUAACACAAUCCAGUCGGCGGACGUGGAUGUCAGGGCGUCGCUGUUCAAGGCGAUUGUUCUGUCCGGGGGCAGCAGCAUGUACCCAGGGCUGCCGUCAAGGCUGGAGAAGGAGCUCAAGCAGCUUUGGCUGACAAGGGUGUUGGGCGGGAAUCCAGAGCGGCUGAGCAAGUUUAAGGUUAGGAUAGAGGAUCCGCCGAGGAGGAGGCAUAUGGUUUUCCUGGGGGGCGCGGUCUUGGCCAAUAUUAUGGCGGAUAAUGAGAAUAUGUGGAUUUCUAAGCAGGAGUGGGAGGAGAUGGGGGCUAGGGCGCUAGAGAAGUUGGGGCCGAGAUAG